AACAAAGUUGGAAAAUAUCUCAUUGAGCGCAGUGGGAUCUACAAACCUUAUGUCUUGACAGUAUUUGACGCACAGUACGCUGAUUGUGGAAAUUAUUACUGUUGUCUUCCGUCGAACAAGUCGGAUAAUGUCUCGUCUCUUAUGUCAAACGACUGCCAGCGUUUUGUGCUAUGGGUGAGAGGUAAGCAUCUCGAAUCAAUGUCAAAACAGUCUUUUUGGUAACAUAGAGUGGUAAGUUUUCCGGCAAUGGUAAAAUCGAACUCAGCAUAUCAAAUUCUUGAAGCCGAUCAGAUAUGGCAAAGGAAAACAGAAAUAGAUUUGCGGAAGGACGCGUAAAUCAUGCACACAUAACAAUUUUUCCGAGUUUGCGUUUCUUUUUUGCAUUUUAUAAAAAUGGUGAUAAUGAUUUUAAAAAGUGAUACGUCACAUGAAAAGUUAAAAGAGGUCAUCCCGACAGGGGAUCAAAGUACGAUGAUAGGUUAUAAGCAGAGAAUUCAAACGCAAAGAAAAACACCCACAGUUGUCCUGUAGAACUCAAAGUCUACUCUGCGUUAAUCAUUCUACACUACACUACAAAACAAAUAAUUAUUCGGAAAAUAGGCGGAUUACAUACGGUUUGAGCAAGCCCGGGCAAGGCAAUACAGCCUUUUCUUUUUGCCAAUGACGUCAUAAUCGAGGCCCCAUUAAGUAUUGACCUAUCUUUAUCUAUGACGUCACCGUGACGUUGGAUCCACAAGAUCCACCCUGAUCCACCCGACUAGAACCCUUAUUUUAUACACUACUCCCGCCACUUAAGCAAAACUCCAGGUGAAGUUAUGGUAACGGCCCAGAGGGUGCUACCUUACCAAAAACCUACGUAUGUAUGGGAAGGCUUCGCCCGAAAAGGUCAAAGAUUCCAAAACAAAAAACGACAAACAUAUUAUUGUCUUGCAGAGGCCUGCAGAAAAAAACCUGAACUGGUCGCGAUCAUCGAAGGUGGCGCCGAAGUUAUCCGAGGACUUGACGAAAACAUCACGAUGAAUGCCUCCCUUUCUUACGAUCCAGAUAUAGGAACUGGAAAUAAUUCAGGAAUGAACUUUACCUGGCAUUUUGGCAAGGUUAAAGGAAACAAUGAUUCAUUCCCGUUGCCUAGCCUAAGUAAUAUAGCCGUUCAAUACUUUGCGGAGAAAGGUUUCGGACCAGUCGUCAUCUUCUCCAAGAAACCCUUAUUACUGAAUCAGACUUACAUUAUGAAGUUGGUGGUCACCAAAGACUAUCGAACAUCAAGUGUGUUUCAAGUCAUAAGAAUGCAGAAGGGAGAACCACCUAGAGUUUCGCAAAGGUACAUUUUUAGACAGUAUUUCUCAAACGUAUCUUUUCUGUUGUGCCAAGUAAUUCUUGCUGUCAUUGAUUAUCAAUAAGCCAGGCAGUGGAAAUAUCCUACAUGACGCAGUAAAUGUGAUGAAAAUGGUGGAAACAAUGCAAAAGUAAGUUGAGGUGAUAAAAUCUAUAAUAUUUAUUACCAGAGAAUGCGUGGUCGGUUCAGCCUCUUUUUUUUUUCUCGAACACUCAAGGGCAUUUUCAGUGGGUGGCGAGAAAAAGAGCACGACGUUCCAAGAUUCAUUCGCGCCUGUUGACUGUUUCAGGGUAUCCGCGGAUUUUUAUUAAGCUACCUAAGGGCAGCUACAAUGAAAUCUGGGGCGAAAUCUAGUCUCACUUUGCAAUAACAACUCAGUGAUAAAAAUAAAAAGUUCAGUCUGGCAACUGUCACUAUAAGCACUAUUUUUAUGGAGUCAAUCCAGUCUCGAGAUAGUAUCACACCGACUGUUGCAUCAACGCAAUACCGAGUCACAAGUGUAAACUAUUGUGACUAAUAUUAUUACCAUGCCCUACAAUGUGUGUAUUUAUUUUUUAUACUUAGCUGUCUUCUAAAUUGUGGAGUUCAAACAAGUCCGUCAGUUAGGUUGAGUAUCAAGUCACAGUGCCAGGGUUCUCAGUGCUCCAAAAUAUUCUCCUACGAAUGGACGCUCUAUGAACAGAACAAGUCAGCCUCAAAUACUGAUCCAAUAUGGCGAAGGGUGAAUAUAUUGCAAAGCAUUACAACUACUCCGCUAAACUCAAGUGACAUUGUCAUAAAAGAAAACUCGUUGGAUGGGAGAAAGCACUAUCGAUUGGUGUUAUUUGUAAGAACUAAGGACGGUAUUCUAGGAUUGAGUGCUUAUGACAUUGUUACUGCUACACCACCUUCAGGAGGAAGGUGUUUGAUCAUUCCGUCCAGCGGCAUCUCAUUAAAGACUAAUUUCAACCUGAGCUGCAGCGACUGGGUCAGUGACGCUACCCCUCUGACGUACCAGUUUCAAUAUCGACUGGAAAACGGUCUGUACAGUAUGGUACACUACGGAGUAAACAACAGCGUUAUUUCAUGGCUACCCCCUGGAAACCGAUCACAUAACUACAAAGUCGAGUUUCUUGCUACUGUAACUAAUAGUUAUGGAGCUUCUGCAUCGACUGUUAAUCUUUCUGUCCGGGUGAGUUCAUAG